AUACGCCCACAUACUUCCAAAUAUGGAUAGGUGAGGUACAAAGACUCUAGACUAGAAUAUGGCGUCUCAUCCGGUUUCUCACUGCCGGGAGAACAUUGUUGAUCAUUCGGAACGUUAGCUACUCACUCCCUGUGGUGUUGCUGCACCGUCUCGAUCAAGAAAAUCGCAUCGCAUCGGAUUCUCCUGGAGUUCCUCGCUGCAUGUGCGCUAGCUGGCAGGAGUGUACCAGAAGUCUAGUCCCGUGUACAUGUGUACUUUACCUUGCCGACUAACGUUACACACUCACACCAGACCGACAGAUAGACUGUGGCGGAGACUGCGAGCGGACGACAGAAUCCAAGUUAGGGUUGGGCAAGGACACGAAGUUUCCUACUGAUACACUGAUGUGGGUGUAGUAGUCUGAGUGACUGACAAGACCAUUGAAAAAAAACAGACAAGAUGAGUAGUACCAAGAAGAAAGCAGAAGGGCAAUCUAGGACCAUGGGCAAACUACGAACCAUGAAGUCAGGAAGCUCCAGAACAGACUCGGAGAGAGACUCUGGCUUCUCAGAUGCCAGCACCAUAGACCUGACAGAUUCUGAGGACUCAUCUCGCGCUGUGUCCAAGAGAGAGGCUCAGCGCCCUGCAUCGGGGUCUCAUCCCUCACAGCUAGCUGUGGUGGGGGGGUCCUACUCCAACAUGUCCCCCAUGAUCAUGAAAAAUGUCCUCCUAAAACAGCCCGGGAACAACCCUCCCUCUCAGAAGCCAUGGGGGUUCAGCCCAGCUGUGGAGAUGGUCCAGCAGCCUCAGGUGGUCUUCGUCCAGCCCGUUGUCUCCCCUGUGGUCUCCCACUGCACCACAUCCAACCCUAAGGAGGCCUCCUCCAAACGCCGGCGCCCCAAGAAGUAUCUGCCCAUCCUCAGGUCCUACCCGAAGAUCGCCCCUCACCCUAGAGAUUGUUCAAGUUCCUCCGGGAGAGAAAGCUCUUGUUAUUUCCCCUCUUCUUCCCCCUCGGCCUCCAGCCACCGGGAACACCAUCACAACCACAGAAACAAACAUCAGAGGCACCAGUCUAGUAGUUUUAGCUGUGGUUCUUCUCGUUGCAGCACCCCCAGUCUCCCUCCUCCCUCUAGCUCCCUGUCCCCCUCUCCCCAGCAUAGGCUCACCCCCUCCCUCACAGACUCCAGUGCUUGCAGCAGCCCUGCAAGAUCCUCUCUCGCCGUCAGUAGAUCAGAGUUCUCCCCAGCCCCAUCCCCUGCCUUAACCGUAACCCCUUCAGACACCCUCACCACUGAGGUCCCUGAGAAAACCAACACCCUCUCCCUCCCACAACCCACCGUCGCCACAACCAACGACAACAGCUGCUACGAUGACGGCAACCACGACGACAAUGGCGAUGACCAUAACAUAAAGCGCAAGCGUUUCUGCAACACGUACAACAUCCUGUCCAAGUCUGGCCUGCUGGAGAUCACCCUGAGUACCAAGGACCUGAUUCGUCAGAACCGCAGGACCCAGGUAGACCUGGACCGGCUCAAGGAGCACACCAACCUCUUCCUGGAGGCCCUGCAGACCGGAGAUACCAGCAUCUGGAGCAAGCUGCAGACCAGCCUCCAGGAAGAGCAGGAAGAGAAAGGCAGUGGGCAGCAGAGCAGCUUAAAGGCGGAUACAGAUUAGAUUUGAGUAAAAGCAGGGUUUCAUCUGUUAGACUGGGCAGAGACGGAGUUGAGGUGGGGGAGGCUGAGGCAGCUAGACUGGCAGUAAUAUGCCCAUAAUGAUCACACAGACAUAUACUCUAACCUACAUAGUAGCAGUAGUCUCUACUAGCAGUAUAUAUAUAUAUCUAUAUACUAUACUAUAGCCUGCCUGCCUUACCCCAGGCCAGGUUGGAUAGCAGGCUUCUGUACAAUAUGAAAUCGCUCUAUUCCCCAUAAACUGCACUACUGUGACUCUAGUGCACUACUUUGAUUCUCCUGAAAGUCUACACACCCCUUGCACAGUCUUCACAUUUUGCUGCCUUAAAAUCAAAUCAAUUUUCUUUCCCUACCGAUCUACUCCACAUUUUCAUAUUGAAAGAAUAUGUGUAGAACAUUUUCCAAAUGAGUAAGAAAUACAAAAACAAAGAUGUAUUGAUUGCGUAUGUCUUCACAACCCAGAGUUAAUACUUGGUGGAAGCACCUUUGGCAGCCAUUACAGCUGUGAAUAAUUUUGAAUAAGUUUCCUCCAACUUUGUACAAUUCUUAGGGCAAUGUAUAUCCAUUGUUUUUGUCAAAAUACUCUACAUUUGAUUGGGAGUCAUUGAUGGAUACCAAUAUUCAAAGCUUUGUCUCUGGUUUUCAAGCUAAUUUAAAUCAGGAAAGAGACUGGACCAAUGAGGAACAUUCAACACCUCUUGGAAAGCCAUUCUGGGGGGCAGUGCUAGCUGUGCAACUAGAGAUUCUGGGUUCGAGUCCAGGCUCUGUCGCAGCCGGCCGCGACCGAGAGACCCAUGGGGCGGCGCACAAUUGGCCCAGCAUCGUCCGGGUUAGGGGACGGUUUGGCUGGUAAGGGUAUCCUUGUCCGAUGGAGCACUAGCGACGCCGGGUGCAGUGCAUGCUGACACAGUGCAUGCUGGUAGCCAGGUGUAUGGGGUUUCCUCCGACACAUUGGUGUGGCUGGCUUCCAGGUUAAGUGGGCAUUGUGUCAAGAAGCAGUGUGGUUUGGUUGGGUUGUGUUUCAGAGGACGCACGGCUCUCAACCUUCGCCUCUCCCGACUCCGUACGGUUGUUGCAGCGAUGAGACAAGACUGUAACUACCAAUUGAAUACCAUGAAAUUGGGGAGAAAAAGAGAUUAAAAUUAAGAAGAAGAAAAAAAGAAAACCAUUCUGGUGUUUCUUCGACAUUAACUCUUGUUUUAUUGUCCUGUGGAAAAAAUAAAACUUCCAAGCGUAGGUUAUCAGAAAACUGCGGCGGGUUUCCCUCUAACUUUUUACCUGAGCUUUGCUCCUUUAAUAUUUAUUUUGAUCCUGACAAACUCCCUAGUCCCUGUUGGUGACAAGCAUACCCAUAACAUGAUGCUGUCAAAAAGUUUAUUUGUAUAUUUAUUUGCUGUGUUGUCUUGCAGUAUUGUUCAACGUCCUUGUUGCAAACAGAAUGGAUGAUUUGAAGUGGAUUUAUAACACAGGCUUCCUUCUUUUCAAUUUGUCAUACAGGCCAAUAAUGUGGAGUGACUGCAAAUGUUGUUGAUCUGUAUUUUCAAGUAUUGUGGUGGCAGCAUCAUGUUAUGAGUGCUUGUCAUGCUGGGUAUCUCUGAGAUAAGUCAUAGGGGGCUGUUUUACUGAAAAUGUAAGUGUCCACCAGCUGACACUUUAACCAGUUGUAGUUAUGACUUGAAAUGGGGCAUGCUGAGUAAAAUAGGCCUAUUUUGAGGAAAGCUUGCGUGGUAUGGUUAGUGAGAGUGCUAGAAUGGGUACCUGGACUGAACCCAACAAACAAACAAUUCAAAUGUAUGGUCUAAAUUUAAAAUGAAGAUCUUUAUUGAUAGGUUUUACAAUAGCCAGUAGGUUUCCACUGUAAAAUGUCUAAGAAGAAUGGAAAGCAGGCAACACAGAAUACUUUAUUCCUUUGUGAAUUCAUGGACUUCUGGACAAGGAAAGACAGUGAUUUACCUAAAGACUCCUUCAGGACUCCAGUGAGGAUUCUGUUCAUCAAAGCAUUUUUUUAAACAACAAAGACUGAUGUAAGAAAAUGUUCAAGGCCUUCUCAAAAAGCUGAACUUUAUUUAAAACCUUGUAUUGUAUUUGCAUGGGAAGUUACUCCCAAGUAAGACUUAAGUUGGCACAAUUUAUCAUGAGGUUUAAGUUAUUUUUAAACCUGCGAUUGUGUUUUUGUAAUAGACCAAGCAUCAUAUCUUCCUGUCCUAUGUUACUUUCAUGGCCUUAUUUAGACAAUUGAUUAUGUGGUGUUCAAUUACUUAAUUUUUUCAAAUAAGGAGUUCUCCAUAAGAAGAUAGACUGUCAGGGGUACAGUAGCCCUUCGUGACAUAUUUUGUUAUUUAGUCCUGCAAAGCAUUGGAGUGCCUCAAAGUUAUUACAAAUGCAAAGAAGGUGAUAUAAUUUGUGCUUUACAGCCUAAAAUGCAAAUAACAGUAGAUGUUAUCUUCAGUGUAAGUAGUAAUAGGCCUCAGGGAAGCCAUUUUAAAACUUGAGCUUCCUGAAUUUCUCAUCUAUAAGAACUGCAUAACACCUGUAUGUGCUUGUUACCACAGUUCAAAUAGGUAAAAACUGUAAAAGUUUGUCUUUAUAUUUAAAUGUUGGCAGCUGUUUUUCUAUCAUUGUUAUCCUGCCUCCUCAUCGCAAGGACAUGAAUGAAAUGUAAUUAUAUGUAUAUUAUAAGCUCAAUGUUUCAAUAGCACAGCAGUAGUAGCUUGUGAUUGAUAACAAAAUUAGAAAAUAAAUCUUAACAGAUUCUGCACCAAUGUUUUAUAUUACUAGUCUUUAUUUAAAUGAUAAACUUUGUAAAAGCUGCAGAAAAAUACAUUGAUCAUGAUGUUGACUUCCUUGCAGCUAUGCAAAUCACGAUCCUUUUAAUUGAAUGACGGUUAGUAAAAUGCAGUAUCUGUGUUUGUGUUGCUCAAGUGAACCUUUUUUUGUUCAUUUUCUAGAAGGUACAUUGCUUGCUCAAUAAACGUUAUUUCCAAGAA